AUGACCAAAUUAUGCAAAUCACUUUGGAAUCAAGCACCGGAUGAAUUUUGUUUGAUUGUGAAGUUUGAACAGUUGAACAUGAUUUGGAUAGCAAAUAUUUUAACCGCUGUAACUUUUCUCAAGAAAACAGAAAGAAUGAAAAUUCCUCGUCACUAUAAAGAUCAUUUGAAGAGAAUGAAACUGUAA